AUGGAGGAGACGGUGGAUUCAGACAUAUUUCCUACACUUGAUGUAAUCUUUUUGAUUAUUUCAGCAACUGAACUCAUUGUAUCGUUUGUAACCAAUGGAUUGAUAAUAGGUGUGUCCUGCAUUGAGUGGCUCAAAAACAGAAAAUUAACUUUGUGUGACAUGAUCUUGACUAGCGUGGGCAUCUUCAGUCUUUUCCUACAUUGUGCAAUAUUGAUCAAUAGUUUCCCCUUUACAUUACAUCAAAUGGUUACAGCAGGACCAAGACUGGAGAGGGGAAAAAAAUCUGAAGGCACUGUUUGGAUGUAUCUAACUACUGCCAAUCUCUGGUUUGCCACCUGGCUCAGUGUCUUUUACUGCAUGCAGAUUUCCAACUUCAGCUGACCCCUCUUCUUCUGGCUGAAGAUGAGGCUAUCAGGGCUACUGACACAGCUACUCAUGGUUUCCUUCCUUUACUUCGUCAGGUUCUGUGGAGUGAUAAUGGCUGCUUAUCCCUCUAGGCACUCUGGUAUCCUGAUACAAGGCAAUCCCAAGGUGAAGAGAGCAGCAAUGAGGGCUCUAAACCAUGUCAAGUGCAGGCUGACAGAGAAGACUGCAUAA